GUAGCACCUAUCUAUCUAUACUUCUGUGAUGUGAAAUCGUGUCGUCUGUUGUGUUUGUUGUCUACGUUCAGUCAAUGAAUGAUAACCGACCGGGCUGGAAACGAACCAUGCCGAACUGCGCAUGACGUGGAAUCGGAAGUGGGUGGAAAUUUGCCACUUCUAAGCAGAACUUUUCGGUGAAACAAGUGUGUCAUGGAAGGAAAAGUUGAAAUCUGAGUGUUUUCCCAAAUAAUGAAAUUCAAGUUAAAAUAGUGAAAUAUGUUCAUAGUUUGUAAGAUAAUUUAAUAGUGUUAGAUGUGUUAUUCUAAAAUCGUUGGGCUUCUAACAAAUUCAGAAUCGAAUUCUGUUUUCUAAUAUUGAAGUCUACCUAAAGUUUAUAAAUAGACCAAUCCUAAUUAAAUUUGCAUUCUUUUUUCCAUCGAUAUGCUUAAUACAAGUGAUCUAAUCAAUAGUCUAAAUAUGUAAAUUAAAUAAAUACAACGCUUUUAAAACAAAAUUCAUCCAGAAUAAGUAAUUCUCAAUCAAUCUAAAAGGCUCAUAAAGUGCAACGAUCUCAAAACAGAAAUAAAAAUGUCGAUGAUAAGAUGCUGCUUCGAACCAGUGGAGAUGCCAGAAUUUCUGGAUUCGUUUGUGAAAAAGUGCACCGAAGGAUGUUGUUGCGGUUGCUGUUCGGCCUUGCGGCCUCGCUACAAACGACUGGUGGACAACAUUUUUCCGGUCAACCCGGAGGACGGUCUGGUGAAGUCCAAUAUGGAAAAGUUGACGUUUUAUUCGCUCCGAUCGCCGGAGAAGCUGGACCGAAUCGGGGAGUACCUGUAUCAGCGGGCUUCGAAGGAUAUCAACCGAAAGCGGUACAAGUUUGUGGAGAUCGCAAUGGAAGCGAUGGACCUACUGCUGAUGGCUUGUCACGCACAGAUUUUGAAUCUUUUCGUGGAGAGUUUUCUCCGGAUGGUGCAAAAGCUGAUGGAGGACAUGAACCCAACGUUGCAAAUCAUGGCGACGAAUUCGUUUGUGCGGUUCGCAAAUAUCGAGGAGGAUACGCCUUCCUACCAUAGGCGGUACGAUUUCUUUAUUUCGAAGUUUAGUUCAAUGUGCUACGGAAACAGCGAUGACUUAGAGCUGAGGGACAGUAUUCGGAUGGCUGGAAUUAAGGGGCUGCAGGGUGUGAUCAGAAAAACGGUGUCGGACGAUUUGGUUGAGAAUAUUUGGGAGAAGCAACAUAUGGAAAAAAUCGUUCCGUCACUGCUGUUCAAUAUGCAAUCAGUGAGUGGAAGUAAACUGGUGGAUCAGGAGGCAACUCCUUCAACGCCUCCGGUUUUAGCAGAAGCAGUGCUAAGGGAGUUAGUUUCUAGGGCUUCUUUUGGACAUAUUAGAGCAGUACUGAAGCCGCUUUUGACGCAUUUGGAUAAUCACAAGCUGUGGGUGCCGAAUCGAUUCGCGAUCGAUACCUUCCGGAUUGUAAUGAUCUCGAUUCAGCCACAGUAUUCCUACACGGUCGUAGAGACUUUGAUGUCCCAUCUGGAUCAGAAUUUGGCAUCAUCUCCAAAGACACGAACAUCAUUGGCGGUUGUUCUCUCCAAGAUCAUCGCCAUCGCGGCCGGUGAAAGUGUUGGACCAUCCGCCUUGGAUAUCAUCAACAAUCUCUUGACGCAUCUAAAAACAUCGGUUAGCACACAACACGAAUCUUCUCCCGAGGAGACCCAAUACCAGGAAGCUCUCAUCAAUGCACUCGGAGAGUUUGCCAAUCAUCAUCCCGAUUAUCAAAAGAUCGAAAUUAUGCUCUUCAUCAUGAAUACCGUUCCGGAUCCGUCUAAGAAGAAUAAAGGCGAUCAACUCCUACAAAACAUUCUCCUAAAAUCUCUACUAAAAGUUGGAACUCAAUACCGAACGGUAUCGUUCGAAAAAGCUUUCCCCGUAUCAUUCCUUCAACCGCUACUCAAAAUGGCUCGCGCUUCUUCCGUUGCUAUUCGGGUUAUUGUAAUGCAAAUAUUUCAGCAGCUGCUUGAUCGCCAUCAGAAUCAGCAUCUGCUCAAUGUGAUCUCGGUCAACAAUUAUCCCACCUUGACUGUGGAACAAGCAUCGCGCUCGGACAUUCUCUUCACGCACAAAUACGGAUCGAACAUACUGCAGGCAAUUUUGGAUGGAAUGUCCCAGGAGAAUAACGUGGAAGUGCUGAAGUCUUCGUAUAACACAGCGGGCUUGAUGGUAGUGGAGAUGGCAUGUAACGAAACGGUGCAGGAGUUCCUGCUGUUUGUACUGAGUGUCCAGCAGGUGGCGCUUACUGAAGUAGAGCUUUCACCCAAACAUCGCUGCAAUCUGCACAGCAUUGCCAUUUCAGUACUGGCCCUGAUUGGUCGUUGCACCGGUAUCGGGCCACUCGUCGAGUAUGCCGAGAAAGUUAUCCAAUCUCGAAUGGAGGACGCCACCUAUCUGUUGCCUCCCUUGAUGGACAACGACAAACCGGCUCCGAGCACUCUCAACACGAACCAACCGCACUUGAUGAUAGAUAAGCUCGCCGUGGCGGAAUGCCUCCAGCAGGCUGGUUUAGAGCAUAACCGUGUCCAGACGGGAACUCCCUAUGCACUGAAUCAAACCGAUAUGUCCGCGCAUCGCCACUCGUGGGUCGACACCAGUGCCGCGCGCAACAGCAUCGUGGAAGCUAACUACAACGACGUGGAAUCGGUUAGCAGCUCGCCCGGGGUGCAGAAGCGUAGCCUCCCGGUUGAUUUCAAUUUCGAAUCUAUGAAGCGGGUCCUAGCGGAACCGACAGAGGCCAACAAGAGGGAAGCCCGAGAAAAGCAGGCAGCCAUCGUACGAACGUUCCGCGAAACGGCGUUCGAGGAUUUGGUCCGCCGAACGGAACCACAGCACGACGUCCUACAGAACAAGCUAAACGAGAUCUUCAACUCGUUGUCCGCCGAGCGGCAAAUCAGCUGCAGCAGCCAGUUGAUGGUGACUGGGUCGUCGGUGGUGGAUGGUGCAAACAGCAAGAUGAACCAGCAGCGACCGAUCUACGAGAAUAAUUUCCCGGAAUUGUUCUUCUAUUAGAAGGUGGGAGUUGGUGGUUAGUUCUGUUGAUCUUGUUUCGUGUAUUUAUUGAUGUUAGCUAGUCGGGUAGGGCAUAGGUUUGGAAUCGACGGGAGGGUGAGAUAUUUUUGCAGAUCAGUUUCAUCUUUUGACGUUGGAAAUGUCAUUUAGGGAGUCCGGUUAUAUUUACUAUAAUAAAGUUUACUUAUAUCUAACUAA